GACAGAAAACAACCACAUCGUCCGUUUUCUCCGCGCAUGCGCCAGGACGGCUUUUCCGGGUGCGACAUGUAAUAUAAAUAGGCUGCUCUACAAUACGGGUGUUGGUAGAAUACACGAAACCAAUGAUUCCCAUAUGUCCAGUGGUCUCCUUCACCUAUGUGCCCAGCCGGCUUGGUGAAGAUGCCAAAAUGGCUACCGGCAAUUACUUUGGAUUUACCCCUGGCGCUGCUGCGCAGUAUAGUCAGCAGCCAGCUGCAGGGGUAGCAUAUACACAUCCAACCACAGUGGCCAGUUACACAGUUCAUCAAGCCCCCGUGGCGGCGCACACUGUGGCGGCGGCUUAUGCUCCCACUGCAGCCACCGUUGCUGUGGCUAGACCUGCACCCGUUGCCGUGGCAGCUGCUACUGCUGCAGCUUAUGGAGGAUACCAGCCAACUCAUGCUGCCACUGACUACGGCUACCCUCAACGCCAGCCUGAAGUCCCUCCACCACCACCGCCAGUCACCUCACAGAAUUACCAGGACUCCUACUCCUAUGUGCGGUCCACAGCACCUGCUGUACCUUAUGACAGUAAGCAGUACUACCAACAGCCCACUGCCACAGCGGCUGUCGCUGCUGCACAACCACAACCCAGUGUGGCAGAUUCCUACUACCAGACAGCCCCUAAACCGGGAUACAGCCAGGGGGUAACGUCAUACACCCAGAGUCAGCAGACUCGACAAGUGACUGUGAUAAAGCCAGCUGCUCCCAGUCCAGCAUCAUCUACUUUCUCCAUCUACCCAGUGACCUCCACUGUCCAGCCCGUGGCUGCUGCUGCUUCUGUCGUCCCUUCUUACUCCCAAAGCCCAACCUACAGCACAAACGCUGUCACCUACUCUGGAACCUCAUACUCGGGCUAUGAGGCAGCAGUUUACUCAGCUGCCUCCAGCUACUACCAGCAGCAACAGCAGCAGCAAAAGCAGGCAGUAGCUGCUGUAGCAGCGACAGCAGCAUGGACAGGCAACACUUUCACCAAGAAACCUCCUUUUCAGAAUAAGCAGCUUCGGCCCAAGCAGCCGCCCAAACCCCCCCAGAUCCACUAUUGUGAUGUCUGUAAAAUCAGCUGUGCUGGCCCACAGACUUACAAGGAGCAUCUAGAAGGCCAGAAGCACAAGAAAAAGGAAGCUGCAUUGAAGGUUUCCCAGAGCAACAGCAGCAGUGGAAGUGGUGGAGGGGUAUUGGCCCGCAAUGCUCAGAACCAACUCCGCUGUGAACUUUGUGACGUUUCCUGCACUGGCGCAGAUGCCUAUGCUGCCCAUAUCCGUGGAGCCAAGCACCAAAAGGUUGUGAAGCUUCAUACCAAACUUGGUAAGCCCAUUCCCUCUACUGAGCCCAGUAUGGUCACUCAGACAUCAUCCUCCACCACAACUGCUGCCAGCAAGAUCACCACAGCUACCCUGAGCAGUUCCACGACCACCAGUUCUCUGUGUAUGGCUGCCUCCUCCUCCCCUGCCACUAGCUCCAGUCCCCCCUACCUGAAACCUGUCAACAUAGUCAGCAGUGGUGUGGCAGGUGUCAAGAAUCCAUUAACCAACAGCCUCUCUGCUGCCAAUUCUGCCUCAGCUGGGAAGAAAGUCACCGCACCCAAGAUCAAUUUUGUGGGUGGAAAUAAAUUGCAGACCACAGUGAAGAUAGAAGAGGCCAGGGUGGAGGCCAAAGUGGAGGCUUCUAAGCCUGCAACACCCUCUUCAGGUGCUCAGGACUCCAAGACUGAAAUUUCAGAUUCUCUGUCCACAUCAGCUCUGGCAGCACUGCAGAGUGAUGUCCAGCCUGUCGGACAUGACUAUGUUGAGGAAGUCCGAAACGAUGAAGGCAAAGUCAUCCGCUUCCAUUGCAAGCUGUGUGAAUGUAGUUUCAAUGAUCCAAACGCAAAGGAAAUGCAUCUCAAAGGUCGUAGGCAUCGCCUGCAAUACAAGAAAAAAGUGAAUCCAGAUCUGCAGGUGGAGGUCAAGCCCAGCAUCCGAGCCAGAAAGAUUCAGGAAGAAAAGAUGAGAAAGCAGAUGCAGAAGGAGGAGUACUGGAGAAGAAGAGAGGAAGAGGAGCGCUGGAGAAUGGAGAUGCGGCGUUAUGAAGAAGACAUGUACUGGAGACGCAUGGAGGAAGAGCAGCACCACUGGGACGAGCGACGUCGUCUACCAGAUGGAGGGUAUCCACAGGGACCUCCUGGUCUACUUGGGGUCCGACCUGGCAUGCCUGGCCUGCAGCCUCAGGGCCCUGUGCCCCCGCGUCGGCCUGAUUCUUCAGAUGACCGCUAUGUAAUGACCAAACAUGCAGCCAUCUACCCAUCAGAAGAUGAGCUCCAGUCUAUCCAGAAGAUUGUGUCGAUCACAGAACGGGCCCUCAAACUGGUUUCUGACAUCAUUACAGACCAGGACAAGGCCAAAGAAGAAGAAAAAGAGAAAAAAGAAGCCACUAAAGACAGAGCCCUGAAGGGAGUAAUGAGGGUCGGGGUCCUCGCCAAAGGCUUGCUUCUUCGUGGGGACAAGAAUGUCAACCUUGUCUUACUCUGCUCUGAGAAGCCCACCAAGGGACUCCUCACCCGCAUUGUGGAGCACCUCCCCAAACAACUAACAAUUGUAACACCAGAAAAAUAUGAAGUCAAAGGAUCCAUCCAGGAAGCAGCCAUCAUCCUGACGUCCUGUACAGAGCCAAAGAUGCAAGUGACAAUCACACUGACUUCACCUGUCAUCAGAGAGGAAAAUGGCCGGGAUGGAGAUGUAACUUCGGGUAUGGUGAAAGACCCAGCGGACGUCUUGGACAGGCAAAAAUGCCUUGACGCUCUGGCUGCUCUGCGCCACGCUAAGUGGUUCCAGGCUAGAGCCAAUGGACUUCAGUCCUGUGUGAUCAUCAUCCGAAUCCUGCGAGACCUCUGUCAGCGAGUUCCUACAUGGUCGCCCUUCCCAGGAUGGGCCAUGGAGCUGCUAGUUGAGAAGGCCAUCAGUAGCGCCUCUGCCCCCCUUAGCCCAGGUGAUGCACUGAGACGUGUUUUUGAAUGUAUUUCAUCUGGGAUUUUACUCCCUGGUGGGCCAGGAUUGAUAGAUCCAUGUGAAAAGAAGCCUGUGGAUACUCUGACACCUAUGGGAGAGCAACAGAGAGAGGACAUCACCUCAAGUGCCCAAUUUGCUCUGAGGCUGCUGGCAUUCCGUCAGAUCCAUAAAGUUUUGGGUAUGGACCCUCUGCCGCAGAUAAACCCUCGCUUCAAUAUCCGAAACAGCCGAAAACGUCGUCGUGACAACAGUGACGGGACAGACAGCUUUGAGGGUGAAGGCAAGAAGGACAAGAAAGAUUACGACAGUUUCUAAGCUACUCUGUUACUAAUUUAAAGUAAUCCACAUACAAAAAUGUACUGACAUGUUGUAUGCGCUGUCACCUGUGUAAGGCCUAGAGUUGCUUUUUGUCCCCCCCCCCUCCAUUUUUAAGAUGUACCAGCAUAAAUGCAGCCUAACACUGUUAAUACACAAACAAGACGUGUACCGUUUUAGUUGUAGACUUCAUAACACUGAGGGUCACACCUCUCUGUACUAGACAAAGCAGUUUUUACCCAAUGUGCUUCUUGAAUAGAAGUGUUGAUGACAGUGGCUUCUUCAGCGCCUGCUGCAGCUCCCCUCUUAACUGUGUUUUUGUUUGGUUACAAGUUGUGGGGGAAGAUCACAAGAUUAUGAGAAACAUAUAUGGUUUCAUCCACCUGUACAGUUGCAUUCAGAGGUGCACAGUGUUAUUAUUGUGAAACAUUUAUUUGGCCAACUUACUUGUCGAAAUUUUUCUUUUUACUGUGCUUUAAUGCAAGUGACGUUUGAUGCUGUGGUCUUGUUAUGUUUCAAUGCUAGGCUACACUGAAAAUAAAGACCUAUGAAGCAUUGCACAUUGCAAGAUUCAGAGGAACUUUAACUGUUGAUAGUUGAUAUUUCCGUUAAUAGUAAAGUUGUCACCCCUAAAUGUCAGUGUUAUGUCCUUUCACUUUCACAUAUAUGAAAGUAUUUGUAUAAUCUUUAAAUAGCUAAAAAGAAAAACCUUUUGUUUCUGGAAGACAUGGCCAUGUUCAUGUUGCAUAAUGUUUUGGCAUUUAAUAUUUGUUUUCCUGGUUGAAGAGGAGCUUUAUUGGUUUGCUUGCCUUUUAACUUGGUUGGGUGCUAAAUUAAGUUUAAUACUAGAAAUAAAACAACUAAAAGUUAUGACUGGGAAUGGGACGGACAGUAAUGUAAUUCUCUUCAGUGUAUGUUCUGUUGUGAAUGCUUGCCAUGUUCUGCGUUCUGCUUUAUAUUUCCAGUAGCAGAAUAAAUACAUUUCCAGACUGUA